AUGGAUACUGGACAGCCGAACGCUCAGCAGUCCAUCAGCUGGUGGCCGUUUCAUGUCUUGGAGGAGCCUGGUCCAGACGUCAUACCAAAAGUGCAGUGGCACGUUUCGCCUCCUUCCGGACCAGAACAUACCGAGCACAAGGAGUUCGCCUCCGGGCACCGUCGAGACAUGUCACCUGGCUGCGACUCUGCGAUUCAACUGAGGGACACGGAAGCAGUGGAAGCUAUUGCCACCAUCGCUUGCUUCCCAGACGACUACCGAGCUUCACUUCUACAUGUCGACGAGGAAGACAGCAGACAGCGAAAGGAUUAG